UUUCCUGUUGGGUCUUCAGUGAAAAGAAAACUUUCCACGAUAAGUUUCCUUCCUUGAUCCACAAUAUGUGGGUCCAAUUUGUUUUGAAUGAUAACGACAUAGGGAAAAAAGUCAUUUCCAAUUACCGUGCAAAUGUGAUCGUUAGACGGGUAGUCCGUGUAUAGAAAUAAGUCUGUUGCAAAUCGAUUUUUGUGUUCAAAAAUGAGUAUCGAGUCGUAUAGGUCGGAUAGAACCGAUAGAACCGAUAGAACGGAAGAUUAUAAUCCGAGCGAGGUUAUAGAUCAAAAUCUAUCAGAAUGGAAGGAAGAGAUGGUACAGAAAACCAACGAACUGAUUCCCGUAAAGAAGCCCAUCACCUUCAGUUGGUAUGACAUAACAGCCCACAGCAUACAUGAAGAAACUGAACAUCCGCAUAGACUCAUGUGCUGGUGUUCAGCUGGUGAGAGACAGAGGAACAAGAUGAUCUUGAAAAACGUGAGCGGAAUUGCACAUCCAGGGGAACUGUUUGUCUUGAUGGGUUCCAGCGGAGCUGGCAAAACCACCCUCCUCAACUGCGUGACUUUCAGAAACAUAAGAACCCUCAAGAUCUCCGGAUUGGUGAGAAUUAACGAUGUUCCGGUGAAUCAGACAGAACUAGCAGGACAAUCGGCUUAUGUCCAACAGGAUGAUCUGUUUGUGCCAUGUUUGACAGUCAGGGAGCACAUGAUAUUUCAGGCGAGGCUGAGAAUGGACAGUUGCUUCACCUAUGAGGAUAAGCUACUACGUAUCGAAGAAUUACUCAAUCAGCUCUCUCUCACCAAAUGCCAAAACGUUGUUAUCGGUUUGCCAGGAGUGAUAAAAGGAAUUUCUGGCGGAGAACGCAAAAGGUUGGCCCUAGCUUCAGAACUGCUGAUGAACCCCUCUCUACUUUUUUGCGACGAACCAACCACAGGUUUGGAUUCGUUCAUGGCUUUGAACGUCAUGCAAACAUUGAAAACCUUGGCCAUAAGUGGCAGAACUGUGAUUUGCACAGUUCAUCAGCCAUCUUCGGAACUGUUCGCUCUAUUCGACAAGAUUUGCCUGAUGGCAGAAGGAAGAACUGCGUUUUUAGGAACGCAAAGGGAGGCUGAGGACUUCUUCACCAAAUUGAAGGCACCUUGUCCCGUCAACUUCAGCCCGGCAGAUUACUACAUCCAAAUUUUGUCCAUAAUACCCGGCAAAGAGGAUCACUGUAAAAAGAAUGUCAAUUGUAUAUCAGACGCGUUCGAAAAAUCUUCCGGAGGCAUAAAAUUGAGGAAAGCUUGCAGAUCUCUGACACAUGAACCAAGCGGCGAACAGUGGGAAAUCAGAUCUUCUCCUAUCAGCCCAUAUAAAGUGGGAUGGUAUGAACAGUUCCAAGCAGUGCUUUGGAGAUGUUGGCUGGGUAUAAGGAAAAAUAAGAAGAUCACAAGGCUGAAAUUCUUGUCUUACUUGAGUGUGACCAUUUUGAUAAGUGCUCUCUAUUACGAUCAAACUUUGAAUACAGAGGGAGUUCAGAACAUUUGCGGUGCCAUGUUUCUCUUUUUAACCAAUUCUACAUUCAAGAAUCUUUCAGGGGUGAUUGUGACUUUCUGCUCGGAGCUACCUCUCUUUCUGAGGGAACACAAGAACGGGAUGUAUCGGACAGAUGUAUACUUUUUGUCGAAAUCAAUCGCGGACAUCCCCUGGUUCAGUUUCUUGAACGUGAUGUUCACAGGAACCUGUUACAUAUUCAUAGGCAUGAACCCUACAAUUUGGAGGUUCCUAACGACCAUUGGGAUCACGUUGCUGGUGACUUACACGGUUUUAGGAGUAGGGUAUAUAUUGUCGGUGUCGACCCCCAACGUGCAUAUAGCGCAACAAUUGGUUGGUGCUGUCGUAACACCUUUCUUGAUAUUGGGUGGAUAUUUCUUGGAUAUAAGGUCCAUACCUUUCUAUAUCACUUGGUUUUCGGAUUUGUCGUGGUUCAAAUGGGCCAAUGAGGCUCUGUUGAUCAACCAGUGGUCCAAUAUAAGGAAUAUUAGUUGCACUGAGCAACUAAGCGAUUGCAUGAGGAACGGAUAUCAGGUUCUGGAAGAAUAUGGGGUUGCCGGACCUUCUAUCGGCCCUGAAUUAAGCGAGAGCUCGAAAUUCUCUGAGUCCUUCAAAUUGCGCACGAGAUCCUACACAAGAUGGUCGCCCACAGAAGAAGGAGUCACGUUGUCCUGGAAUGACUUGAGCGUUUAUACGACAUUGAGGGAAAAGGGUGAAUACAAAUAUAAGAGGAUUAUUAAUGGGGUGAACGGAGCAGUGAAAUCUGGCAGUUUAGUUGCAUUGAUGGGGGCCAGCGGUUCAGGAAAAAGCACCCUCAUGAUGGCUCUAGCUCACAGAAAUUCAGGAGAAAUCACUGUCGAAGGUGAUAUCCUGGUAAAUGGAAGACAGCUGGGAGAUUACAUGAAACAUAUCAGUGGCUGCAUGUAUCAGGAAGAUAUAUUCGUUGGUUCCUUGACUGUGUGGGAACACAUGAACAUAAUGUCUCAUCUUAAAUUGGACAGGAGAUUUUCCGUUCAAGAUAGGCAAUUGAAGAUUCACAAGAUUCUGAAGGAUUUGGGACUUUAUCAUUGUUUGCAUACCAGGAUUGGGGCGAUUGGAAGCAACAAGACACUGUCUGGGGGAGAAAAAAAGAGAUUGUCAUUCGCAACAGAGCUUUUAACCGAUCCCCCAAUCUUAUUCUGCGAUGAGCCCACAACAGGUCUGGACUCAUACUCAGCCCAAAACUUGGUUUCCAUGAUGAACCUGAUGGCUACAGCUGGAAAAACCAUACUAUGCACCAUCCAUCAACCGUCAUCCGAAAUUUUCGCCAUGUUCAGCCAGAUCAUUCUCUUGGCCGAAGGACGAAUAGCCUACAUGGGCUCGAGAUCGGGAGCCUUGAAUUUUUUCAAUUUGAUGGGGUAUCCAUGUCCGCCGACACACAAUCCAGCUGAUUAUUUCAUUAAGAUCCUGGCUACCCCGCAUGGAUUCGAAGAGAAUAGUAAGAACGUUGUCAAGAAAAUCUGCGAUAAUUUUUCAGUGAGCGAUUGUGCCAAGGAAGUGGACGUUGUUAUCCAGUACGAAUUCCAUAUGGGGAGAGCUGGAAAGUUUAACGAGUUCGAAGUUCGUUCCAAGUUCAAAGAGGCCCGAUGCCUGACGAAACUUUAUUUUUUGAUUUAUCGCUGGUUCCUGGACAUUUUGAGGGACCCGACCAUUCAGAUCCUUGGGAUUAUGCAGAAAGUGGGUAUUGGCCUGAUGGUGGGCCUGUGCUAUUCCAACGUAGACCCUCAAUCGCAAGACGGAAUCCAGGCAGUUCAGGGUAUGGCCUUCCUCUUGAUAUCGGAAAAUACAUUUUCCCCAAUGUACUCCGUCCUUGAAACAUUCCCGAGAGAUCACGCACUGUGUAUCAGGGAAUAUCAGUCAGGAUUGUACGCCCUAUCGACCUACUACGUGUCAAAAAUUUUGGCAACGGUACCAGGAUUGCUGAUUGAACCAAUCGUAUACAUUCUUAUUGCUUAUUGGUUAGCAGGACUUCAAGCCAACUUUUACUCGUUCUUUUUCACAGUUCUGGCUGCCGUAUUGACUAUGAACGUCUCAUGCGCUUGUGGUAUAUUUUUCUCUAGUGCUUUUGAUACAUCUGCUCUCGCGAUGCAGUAUUUGAUACCGUUCGACUGUAUUAUGAUGGUUACUUGUGGAAUAUUCAUAAAUUUGAGCACCUUGUCUUCCAUCAUAUCCUGGACAAAAUAUCUGUCUUGGAUGAUGUAUUCCUACGAGGUCAUCACGAUAGUACAAUGGAGCGAUGUGAAGAAUAUAACGUGCGAUGCGAACUUCCAAGGAAUGCCAUGCCUAUCAGAUGGUCACCAGGUUUUGGAAAAGUUCAGCUUUUCCGAGGACAACCUAACAAAGAAUCUGUUUGCUAUGAUUGCCCUCUGUAUCGUCUUUUAUGUGAUCGGAUUUUUGUGUUUGUGGAGAAAAAUGCAAAAGAAAUAAAUUCCCGAAUAGAGUA